AUGACUUUGCCGUUACCACCUGCCAUCAAUGGCAAGCCCUUGGGCCAUGUCUCCUUUGAGAUGUUUGCAGACCAAGUUCCAAAGACAGCAGAAAACUUUCGUGCUCUGAGCACUGGAGAGAAAGGAUUUUGUUAUAAGGGUUCCUGCUUUCACAGAAUUAUUUCAGGGUUUAUGUGCCAUGGUGGUGACUUCAUAUGCCAUAGUGGCGCUGGCAGCAGGUCUAUCUAUGGGGAGAAAUUUGAUGAUGAGAUCUUCAACCUGAAGCAUGCAGGUCUUGGCAUCUUGUCUAUGACAAAUGCUGGACCCAACACAAAUGGUUCCCAGUUUUUCAUCUGCACUGACAAGUUUGAGUGGUUGGAUGGCAAGCAUGUGGUCUUUGGCAAGGUGAGAGAGGGCAUGAAUAUCGUGGAAGCCAUGGAACACUUUGGGUCCAGGAAUGCCAAGACCAGCAAGAAGGUCACCAUUGCCUACUGUGAACAACUUUAAUAAAUUUGACUUGUGUUUUAUCUUAACCACCAGACCAUUCCUUCUGUAGCUCAGGAGAGCACCCCUC